AUGGAGUACAUGAAACUGAAGGCAAAGAAAUCGAAAGACAAAGCACAAUCGUUCGAGGCUGCUCGUUUCAUAGUUGACAAUGUGCAGUUCAUCGAUAAGGAGGAGCAGAAGCUGACAUGUGAACUCGCCAUCAAGACGUUGAAGAAGCUUUCAAUUGCAGGCCUGGUGGAUUCCCAGUAUCUCCUCGCCAACCUGUACAUCAGCGGUAUCCCUGGUUUCCAAGAAAAGCACAAGGCCGACUACUCAAAAGCGUUCCAGUUGUACUUGUCCGCAGCAAAGAAGGACCACCCUGAGGCUUUGUUUCACGUUGGAUUGUGCUAUGAGCAAGGAGCUGGAGUGGGACAGAGCAAUAACCGCGCCUUGCACAACUAUCGCAAGGCCGCUGUCAGUAACCACCCCGGUGCAAUGUUCCGUCUCGGCAUGUGUCUCCUCCGCGGCGAACUCAACCAGUCGAAAAACCCUCGUGACGGUGUCAAGUGGCUCAAGCUGGCCGCCAAGUACGCCACCGAGAAAUACCCCCAAGCCCUCUACGAGCUUGCCAUCCUGCACGAUCGCGGCGUUCACAAUGUGGUGUGGCAAGAUCACGACUACCUGGUGGAGCUGUUGACACAGGGUGCCGCUUUAGGACAUGGCGGGUGCCAGUUCAAGUUGGGAGAGGCUUAUGAGUAUGGUUAUUACUCGGUGAAUGUGGACCCCGGACGCAGUGUUUACUACUACAGUUUGGCAGCUGCGAAUGGCAAUCUGGAGGCGAUGUUUGAGCUGGGAGGCUGGUAUCUCACUGGUGUAUCCGAUCCAGCAACAGCUUUCACCCUCGUACAGUCGGAUGCCGAAGCCUACCGAUGGGUUUCGCUCGCCGCGGAAGGUGGUCUGCCAAAGGCCAUGUUUGCGAUGGGAUACUUUUGCGAAAUGGGGAUAGGC